UACUUUUUGAAAAUAUUUUAAAAGCAGCUAACUGUACACGUGUGCUUCACGUACAGGUCUAAGAAAUUGUAAACCUAAAAUAUCGCGUGCACAAAUUUGCUACGUUUGGUACAAAAAGACCAGACUGCAUCAAGGUUCGCUUUUUGUUUUAUUUUAGACAUUGAACCCAUUAUUGUGACACUGUAUUAUAUUGAGUGAUUUAUUGUUCAUCAUUAUGAUUCAUAUACCACAAUGUUGAGCUUUUAAGUACUAAUUAUUUCUUUCUGAGACCUACCAUUGCAAUAUUAUAGAAUUGAAUAGUCUUUAGUAUCAUUGUAACACGGGUGUGCAACGAAAUUGAGAAAUAGAAAAUUAAAUAUUUUACCUGAUCGUAUUUCAUAUCAAUUUUUCUACACUUACUUUUGUAAUGUACUGUGCUGAGCUUUGUGAUAGGUCACGCUCUAGCUUUUACACUUAAAAUAAUCAAAACAUAUCAGAUAUUAAAUCAUAUGUAGGUGGCUAUUUAAGGAUCCCAGUAUCUCCGACAAUUCAUGAACGAAGCACAGGGGUGUCUUAACUACGUAAGCGUGCGUCUGACGUCGGCCCCCUUAGUAACCCUCGGCGGCGUCUCCAAGAGAGAAGGUAACAAGAUGGGAUUGCUGUCCAUUCUGCGCAAGCUGAAGAGCACCCCGGACCAGGAGGUCAGGAUAUUGUUGCUGGGUCUGGACAACGGCGGAAAGACCACGCUUCUGAAACAACUGGCCUCUGAGGACAUCAGUCACAUCACCCCCACACAGGGAUUCAACAUCAAGAGCGUCCAGUCUCAGGGUUUCAAACUCAAUGUGUGGGACAUCGGAGGUCAAAGGAAGAUCAGGCCCUACUGGAGAAACUACUUUGAAAACACUGAUGUGCUGAUUUAUGUCAUUGACAGUGCUGACAGAAAGAGAUUCGAGGAGACGGGCCAGGAACUGGCCGAACUGUUGGAUGAGGAGAAGUUGAGCGGCGUUCCUGUUCUCAUCUUUGCCAACAAACAGGAUCUGCUGACUGCCGCUCCGGCCUCCGAGAUCGCAGAGGGUCUCAACCUGCACACCAUCAGGGAUCGAAUGUGGCAGAUCCAAUCCUGCUCUGCCCUCACUGGUGAGGGGAUCCAGGAGGGAAUGAAUUGGGUCUGCAAAAGUGUCAACUCCAAGAAAAAGUAGCUUUGCUUCGAGUCUUCUGCUCCUCAGGAGGAACAGCCUCCGCCACCGCCGCCGCAGCAGCAGCAGAAUACACUCACAUACACUGACAACGCACUGCACCCUCCUGAGCCUUAGUACAAAGGGAUAUACCUGUGAAUGUAAACACUACUAAUCUUACAUGGAACUGGAGGUGUUAAGCCCUGCCUUUACUGUACGGCCAGUUUUAUUAAUCUCCAAGCAUCUUUCCAAGCUGGCUUUUACAAAGAGUAACUGCGUUAUGCUCCCCCCACUUCUCUGUAGUGCACCACCUACAUCAGCUUUAGUUUCUCCAGGCUGACUCAAGCUCAAGCAUUCCUGACAAACUGCUGUCAUUCAUCAGAGUCCCAGCUUAUUUGAAUAGACACACCAGCAUCUAUGACUCCACCUCCAUCUCUGUUUUCAAAUCAUUCCACAGUGGCUGUUAGCGCUUUUCCUGCUAUGGCUCUGUUUGAAGUGAGGUAUAUUUUUGUAACUGUUUUAUUUAUGGUGAAGUAGAGUGCUUUUAAAAGACCUGAUGUGGUUCAUGUGCGUGUGUAUGUGUGUGUAUGAAUGUACGUUUGUGUGAUUUUAAAGGAUGUUGGAGAAACGCUCCGACUUUCCCCACUAAAAAAAUACAACUUUACAUGUUAAUAUGUACAAACGAGAAAACACUCAAACCGUUUAAAUAAGACACAGACAGCAUUUUUGGAUUACCUGUAAAUAGCCUAGCCCUGCCCUGUGUUCACAUGUUAGUUUAUGCAUAUGUUAUAGAGUCCAUGUUACCCUGCUGUACUCUGCAGUCUAUAAUGUGUGCAUAUCUAAUAUAUGCUGGCAGAUUUUUAACAGAGUUGUACUGUAUGCCCCAAUGCAUUUCUUUGUGCUCAUGUGGGUUAGCAGGAAGACUGGCUACGUAGACAUUUCCUUUUGAUAAUGUUGAAUGUAAAACUGUCCAGAAUUGAAGGUACUGUACGUGAAUAAAAGUGACUGAGGAAA